AUGGCGGAGAGCACUAGAUAUCGCACUUUGGAAGAUCAGCUCAAGAAGCAAGAAGGUUGCCUACAGGAGGUGGUGGAGUCGAUGGCAGAUGUGCAGGCCGCUUGCCAACGGAGGUUUCAGGAUGAACUGGAGCAGAAAAGCUCGCGAUUGGAAGCACUAGUGGGAAGCCUGAAUCAGAGGUUCGACUCCAUUGAGCAAAAGUUCAAUAGCCUACUGAACACGAUGAUGAAGGAGAAAGGCUGUUCAGAGCCGGAAUCGAGGAUCUCAGAACCGCUACUACCAACUCCACUUCCACAUACGAAACUCAGACAUCAGAAUGGUGCUCAACUCGCUCCACCAGAGGGCAGGAGUAAGUAUUUCAAUCCUAUCUUGCCUAAACUGGAAAUGCCUAUGUUUGCUACUGAGUUUAGUGACCUGCUGUGUGAAAGAUUUGCCAGUAAGGCUUCUCGAGAUGUGGUGGAGGAAUUCAAUAAACUGCAACAAAAGAGGAUAGUAGAAGAAUAUGAGGAGAAAUUUGAGGAGCUUAAAACUCUCAUGCUACUUAGAAAUCCUAAACUAGAUGAGCUAAAUUUUGUCUCCGGUUUUGUCAGUGGCUUGAAAGAGGAAAUUAGACCGAUGGUGAAGAUGUUCAAGCCACAAACACUAGCGAAGGCCUUCGAAGUAGCUGAACUACAAGAGUGUGGUGACAAGUUUGGGGCAGGACAUUGUUGUAAGCCAGGGAACUUGAACAGCAUUGACCUGGAAGAAGGUAAUGACACAGAUUUUGAAGAUGCUGAAGGGGAGCAAGAUGAGAGUACGGGGCGAGUAGGAAAACUGGCUGAGGUUUCACUGAAUGCCUUAAAUGGAGCCAUGAGCAGCAAGUCUAUCAUUCUGUUAGGUAAUAUGGGAGGACUACCAAUAAAAAUCUUGGUGGACACUGGAGCUUCGAACAGCUUCAUUCACUUCGGUCUUGCUAGAUCCUUGUACUUACCUUCUCAAGAGGUGACUCCUUUCACAGUCACCUUAGCAGAUGGUACGGAUAUUACUAGUGGUGCAGUUUGUCCAAGUGUCAAGUGGCUAAUACAGGACUAUCAAUUCCAAUUUGACCUGAAGGUGAUGGAUUUAGGGAAUUGGGACAUCAUUUUAGGGGUAGAUUGGAUGUACCAAUUCAGUCCCAUUACGUUUGAUUUUCAUAGUCUCAACAUUGCUCUCAGCAGUAGUGGAAGUUUGCUCCACUUACAAGGGCUUAUCAACCAACCUCUGAUGGAGCUGGUAAGAGGUAGAAGCGGUACUGCAACAGUACUCGCAAGUAUUCGUCCUGAGAGAGAGCUGGAUCACCAAAUCACUCUCAAACCUGGAGCGGAACCCUUCAAACUAAAGCCUUACAGGUACCCUCAUGCACACAAAACCGAAAUCGAAAUGCAAGUGGCUGAGAUGCUCUCUAGUGGUAUUGUUACUCACAGUAGUAGUCCCUUUGCAUCUCCUGUUUUGCUGGUCAAAAAGAAAGACAACUCGUGGAGGUUAUGUGUGGACUACCGGAAGCUAAACGAGCUGACUAUUAAAGACAGAUUUCCCAUACCGAAUAUAGAUGAACUUCUGAACGAGUUACAUGGGACGAAAUACAUGUCUAAACUGGACCUUAGAGCUGGUUACCACCAAGUACGAGUUAAGGCAAUGGACACGCACAAAAUUGCCUUCCAGACGCAUCAUGGUCACUUCGAAUUUCUAGUCAUGCCAUUUGGAUUGACGAACACUCCAGCUAUCGUCCAGGCCUUGAUGAAUCGAAUUUUUCAGCCGUAUAUGAGGAAAUUCAUGUUAGUUUUUUUUGACGAUAUCCUAGUCUACGGCCCCACCCUUGAGUUACACAUGCAAUAUCCCCAAAUCGUCCUUGGGGUCCUGGCAGAUAACCAACUAUUCUGUAAAAGAUCUAAAUGCUCUUUUGCCCAAACUUCUGUGGAGUAUUUGGGACAUGUGAUAUCUGAAAAAGGCGUGAGCAUGGACAAGUCUAAGAUAGAAUGCAUACUCUCCUGGCUCUCACCCGAGACAGUGAAGGAAUUGCGAGGAUUUUUGGGAUUAACGGGGUAUUAUAGAAGAUUCAUUAAAGGAUAUGGGGUAAUCAGUAAACCAUUGACACAAUUGUUGAAGAAGGACGGGUUUGCAUGGAAUUUUGAAGCUCAUAUAGCUUUUGAAGACUUAAAGAAAGCCAUGACAACAGCCCCAGUACUGAGCAUGCCCAACUUUGAGAUUCCUUUCAUCAUCGAGACGGAUGCCUGUGGAAUGGCUACUGGUGCAGUUUUGAUGCGACAGGGACACCCCAUAGCAUUCCUCAGCAAAGCUCUAGCAAACCAGAAUCUGGGAAUGUCGGUUUACUAG